UAGGUGCGAGAGUGCGAGCAAUACAAAGAGGGGGAGUGUACCUGCAAAGGCACUCCAAUGCUUAAGUCAGUUAUGGUGUCAAGUUCAGAAUUGUCCCUUAAAAAAGAUACUUUACCUUUCUUUUAUAGAUAUAUAUAUUCGUCCGUUACAUUCUAGGUGAUAAAAUUGGUUUCGUAACCGAUUUUAUCUUACCGUUUGGGACGUCGGUUAUGAUAAUAAUAACGCCACCGAGUUAUAGCUCAUAAGGGCCGAGCAAUAACGGCAAAUGGCGAGUUAUGGCGACGGUCAGUAACGGUUAUGAGGUCGAGUUAUAGCUCGUAUUAAUGGUGACCAUGUCACAGCCCCCAAGCUUAGCCUGAGGGAAGUUUUUUAAUGAAGCAGGUUGAGCUUUUGUGAUGAGUUAUAACUCGGUAAAAGUGGGUUACUGAGUGAGCCCCCAGUUCAACGUACUUCAUUAAAGUAACUUCCCAUCUGUGCCACGUGGGAAAUUGUGCGCGCUUUUUAUUCAGGAGAGAGAAGGAGUGGGAGCUUCAUUAAUAUUUUGAUGGUUUCCAAUGCUCUUUUCGCCGUUUGAUGUGACUGAGGCAGGGUUGAUAUUUGGAACGUUUUUUUGUUUGCGAUUAAUUGUUUCUGCUGAUUGGAAUUUUGGGCGUUUUUGGUUUUCUGCUUCUUGUGUGGAGAAUGAGCAAGAGAGGUAUGGUUAGGUUUGUGUUCUUCUAAUUCGUUUCUUCUCUCAUCCCUUUGUAUUUCUUGGUUGCAUGUUUGUUUACUGUUUCUGAUGGGGUUUGAGAAGGAGAAGAAAGGUGAAAUAGACUGGUCUUAUGAUUGGGUUGGGGAUGACGUGAGGUCUCGGGUGUCACUGUUCUGUGAUGAAGCUGCUGUUAAGGAGGUGGAUGCUAGUAGGGUGGUGAGGCAGAAUUCUGGGGUUGGGGUUGAGUUACUGCCCUGUAGUGUUAAUGAUAGGGUUUAUCACCGGGGCAGAGGGUUUGAAUUUUUCUAUAUGCACAGCUGCGUUCUUGAGGAGUUGAGAGUUAGGUUAACUUUCACUGAUUUCGAAUGUCAGGUCUUGAGGCAGUUAAACUACGCUCCGUCGCAGCUUCAUCCAAAUGGGUGGGCGUUUCUUCGUUCCUUUGAAAUUUUAAUGGAGUUUCUGGAAGUGGUGCCAUUUGUUGACCUUUUCUUUUCUUUAUUUCAAGCCAAAGGGGUGUGGAAAGGUGGUUGGAUAAACUUCAAUAGCACCCCUGGUUUUGGCAUUUUCAAAUUGUACAAAUCUUCUUUUAAAGAUUUCAAAUAGAUGUAUUUAAAGGUUAGGGCUUUGGAAAAAGAUUUUCCGUUUUCUGUAGAUGAAAAUCUGGCUGAGAAAUUCCCGUUGUAUUGGUGUUCGGAACCUCAAAAUAUACUCGGUUCUGAGGUUAUCUCCCCGAGGAAUGUUUGUGUGAUUGAGUUUCUUGUUGAAAAUAUCGGUCGGGGAGACCUAAUUUCAAUGUAUGAGCUUCUGAAUUGGGAGGAGGAUAAAGAUACUGUGGUAGCCUAUUUGGGUGAGUUAUAGGGUUGCUUCUAAGGUCUUUAUUGCUUCUUGUCAUAUUUCUGAUGUUGUUUUGUUUUCGCAGGUGGUAAAUACCCUGGUGUUUCAGCUGCGUCUCUGAGGACGCGCUUCAAGAAUAAGAAUCUGGAGAAGGAGGUAUCGUCGUCUAAUGCUGAGAAAGUUGCUGGUGCCGGCGAGGUUACGCAGCCUCGUCAAGGUCGGAGGAAAGUGAUUGCGAAGAAAAGAAAGAAGUCUGACCUUGUUGAUUUGUCUGAUGAUUCUGAUGAUAAGGAAGUAGGGGUUCCUCUGGAAGAGAUACAGGCUUUUAUGGGUAAUCAAAAAAGGCUUCAUGAAAUUUCUGAACAAAGUGAGGCAUUUUCGGUGUGGGAAAAGGAGUAUCCUUAUAUGGCUGUGGUGGACGAGUAUUGUCAGUCGUCGGCUGAUGUUACUCUUGCAAAGGAAGUCGGGGACAUGGCUAUUGGGCAGUAUAUGCAGGUUGUUGGUCUGCGCCUUGCAAGUCUUGGGCGUAGCCAAGAGUUGAAAAAUAAGAGGGUUGUUGCAGAGAAAGGAGAGGUUUCUGUUUUGAAGGAGGAGUUGGUGAAGAGUAAGAGUGUUGCUGCUGAGCUUCAAGCGCGUUUGACUGAGACCAAGAAGUUGUUGAAGGAAACUAAAGAAAGUUACUCUAAAGAUGUGGAAAAUUUGAAGAAAAAGGAAAGUGAUCUGGUGAACAUGCAAACUCGUCUGAUUGAGCUUACUACUCAAUUUAAGGAGAUGGAGAAGAAAAAGGCGGAUGAGAUAUUAGAUUCAUUUGUUGAAGGGUUUGAAAGGGCAAGGUUGCAGGUUAAGUUUUUGGUUCCGGAUGCCGAUCUCUCUGGCAUGGAUCCUAGAAAGAUAGUUCGAGAUGGUCAACUAAUCGAAGAUGAUGGCGAUGCAGAAGAUGAAGCCGAUAAUGUUUAA